AUGUGUACAUACAUAAAUAAAUACAUAUCUAUCUAUCUAUCUAUCUAUCUAUCUAUCUAUCUAUCUAUCUAUCUAUCCUAUUGCACAAGGCUCCAGUAUUCGUGGUUAAACUCAUUACUCAUUAUCUAUCUCAGUCCGUUCAUAUCUAUCUAUCUAUCUUUCUAUCUAUCUACUUCAGUCUGUUCAUAUCUAUCUAUCCAUCUAUCUAUUUCAGUCUGUUCAUAUCUAUCUAUCUAUCUAUCUAUCUAUCUAUCUCAGUCUGUCUAUAUCUAUCUAGCUAGCUCGCUAGCUCAGUCUGUUCAUAUCUAUCUAUCUAUCUAUCUAUCUAUCUAUCUAUCUAUCUAUCUAUCUAUCUAUCAGUCUUAUCAUAUCUACGUACCUACAUUUCAGCAUACUGAAACAUUGAAAUGGUUUGAAAACCUAUCUAUCUAUCUAUCUAUCUAUCUUAUCCUAUCUAUUCAUCUCGAAUAUAAACGCCACAAGCAGGGAUUCGAAUUCGAUCUAUCGUUUCCGUUGUUAAUCAGCAUCAAAUUCACUCCCUCCUACAUACGGCCCGAAGACGUCGUACAUAAUGUUAGAGAGAUUUUGAAGACUUGA